AUGACUACUUCCAACAUAAAUGGUCAUGGCGAGAGACCUGCUGCAGUUUCAAGAUAUCCUACAGCUCCUUCAGUCAUGACAAUGAAUGGCAACUUUGCAGCUGUUGGCGAUGCGCCAACAGAAGAACAAUAUGAACAUGGCAUACAAGUUAUUGAUGAGCAAAAGGAAUUCAAUCCUAACCUCAACACUUAUCUCCAAUAUACGGACACAGCACACUCUGGCUUCAAUUACCAUCUCAUAUCAGUUUUCGGAUCUCAGUCGACCGGAAAAUCUACACUUCUCAACCAUUUAUUUGGCACACAAUUUGGGGUGAUGUCCGAAAGGGAGAGGCGGCAGACUACCAAAGGAAUAUGGAUGUCAAAGAAUAAGAAUCAAGGCUCUGGGACUUCCGAGUCUAUGGCAGACAACAUUUUGGUUAUGGAUGUUGAGGGAACGGAUGGCAGAGAGCGGGGUGAAGAUCAAGACUUUGAAAGAAAAAGUGCGCUGUUUGCUCUGGCCACCUCGGAGGUUCUCAUUGUAAAUAUAUGGGAACAUCAAGUAGGAUUGUAUCAGGGCGCAAAUAUGGGAUUACUGAAAACUGUAUUUGAAGUUAACUGCCAACUAUUCUUAAAGGACAAGCAGUCUACCCCACGAUCCCUUCUAUUCUUCGUUAUUCGAGACCAUCUUGGAACCACUCCACUUGCGAACCUCAAGGACACUCUCAUUCAGGAUUUGACCUCGAUAUGGACUUCUCUUUCUAAACCUGCCGGCCUUGAGAACUCAAGGAUCGAAGACUAUUUCGACUUUGCAUUUGCAGCUUUACCGCAUAAAAUCUUACAGCCAGAUAAGUUUGUUACGGAAGUUCGAAAGCUUGGUACACGAUUUAGAACUGGACGUAAAUCUACAAGGGCUGAGGAUGCUGGAUUCGAGGGAGGUAUCUUCUUGCCAGAAUAUCACCGUCGAAUUCCCGCCGAUGGGUUUUCGGUAUACGCGGAGGGUGUCUGGGAUCAAAUUGUGAACAACAAGGAUUUGGACCUUCCUACUCAACAGGAACUUUUGGCACAAUUUCGUUGCGAUGAAAUCUCUCGAGAAGUCUUGGUCUCAUUCGACGGAAAGAUUCAGCCCCUUGAAGAAACGCAGACAGAAGAUACCAGAUCAGGGAAGCCUACUGUUCUUGCGGACCUAGGUGUUACCGGUAAAACAGCACGCACUGAUACUGUCAAGAACUUCGAGACACAAGCUAGCAGGUAUCACAAAGGUGUAUAUGCUUUGAAGCGUACCGAACUUGAAGGCAAGAUCGAUACAAGAUUAAAGGCAUUAUACAAUGGACAACUGACGGCAGCUCACAAGUCUGGCGUUGCGUCGUUUAGCGAUGCUGUUGCUUCUGCUGUGAAGACCGGUCAAAAGAGAGCAGCUUCAUAUGAAUUUGCGGAUAUUGUGGAACGAGAAAAGGAGGUUGCACUCAGAACCUUUGAGACAGAAGCAAAGAGUCUGUAUAUUGAGGGAUUAUCAUGGACUAAUUUCAAGUCUCAAUAUGAUCUUUACGAAAAAGACCUCAACGAAGUCAGCAGUAAUCUCAGAAAGGAAGAAAUGAGACGUCUUGCUACUCGUGUUGAAAGAUGGGUGAGAUCACGAUUGAAUGAUUCGAUUGGAAUCGAGUUCAACAAACUCGGUUCUGGGAGAGGUGGUAGUGGAGCCCCUGAGACAGGCGAAAAGCCUCCCACUGAAAAAGAUUUGUGGGAUAGAAUAUGGAAAACCUUUAUUGAUACAGUCAAGGAAGCAGAGUCUAAAUUCAUCGAUAGAGCAAAGAGCUUUGAUGCUAGUGAAGAUGAGAUUGAAGUUGGUCUAUGGCGUCUGAGAAGGAAGAGUUGGGGUGUUCUCCGAGCCAAGAUUGACGAAGAAGUCAUGGAAGGCAAUAUCCUUCUUAAACUCCGAGAGAACUUUGAGGAUAAAUUCCGCUACGAUGAAGCGGGCGUCCCACGUAUAUGGCGUCCUUCCGAUGAUAUCGAAGGACUGUAUACCAAGGCCAGAGAGUCAACUAUUACCCUCAUUCCAUUAUUGGCCAAAUUCAAACUCUCGGAAACACUGUCGCCUCCCGAAUUACCCGAAUGGAUUGGUGGCGCUCCAACUAGUGUUGAUCCUAAAGAUGAAGAAGAUCUGACGCCCAUUGGUGGUGUGGACGAGGAAGAAGGAAAGAGUCUCGAGGAAGAAAUGACCAUUCUUAGUGAAUCCAAGCGUCAAGAUCUCGUCGUCAGGUUCAAGAAAACAGCAGAUGGUGUAUAUGUUGAGGCUAAACGUAGUGCUAUUGGUGGUGUGGCUCAAGUUCCUUUGUACUUUUACGGUCUAUUAUUGGCCUUGGGCUGGAAUGAAAUUGUUGCUGUUCUCCGCAACCCAAUCUACUUCUUAUUCCUCAUCAUCUGUGGUAUCGCAGCAUAUAUCACAUACACUCUUAAUCUCUGGGGCCCAAUCAUCCGCAUGAUGAACGCGGCGAGUACUCAAGGAUUGGAGAUUGGAAAGGAGAAGUUGAGGGAUUUCCUGAAGGAUUCGGAGAUGGGGAGGCAAGCGUUGGGUAUGCAGGGGAGAAGUGUGGAGGAUAGUGAGAGGGUGGGGUUGAGUACUUUGGAUAGUAGGGGGAAGAUGGUGGGUACGGAUGUGGAUGAGGAUGGGGAUGGUGAUGAGAUUUAA